AUGGUAACGGCGUUGGUUGUGGCGUUGUUGUGUUGCCAGGCAUCGUCAUUCCACGCUCCGCACAAGGAUGACUAUUACCCCGACUGGCCGGCGGCGUCUGAGUCCGACCGUGAGCCGGUCUGGGUGGAUCAGAAGCCGGGGCCUGCAGCUGCCAGCGCGAAACAACAGAAGCCGGCCAAGGCCACCGCUUCUAAAGCAACCCCUGCACCACAGCCUCCCCCCGGGGCUCCCCCACCCCCCGGGUUUCCCCCUCCCCCUGGAGCUCCCCCACCCCCCGGAGGACCGCCAACCCCAGGUGGACCUGCGCUACCUAAGGGUGCGGAUAAGGCAGGAGAAACCAAGGGUGGUAAGAACGCCACAGGCCCGGCGGCUCCCCAGUCCCCGGACGCCGGCCAGCCUAUCCUCCCCGUCCCGAUCCCAGGCAGCCCGAUCCUGGGUCCAGCGACAGCCGACAGUCCUCCAGGCGGGGGACCGGUGCCCCGGGCACCGAGCAACACCGGUCAGCCCGCCGGUGGGCCAGCAGACGCUGAACGGGGUCCACUCGGGCUUGCUGGGUCAGGCUCACCUACUUCCUUAAAGGAUGUUGAAGAGCUCCUUAAGGCAAUGAGAAAAUUGGCCGCAGCGAAGAAGAGACAGAAGACUCCUGGUCUUAGACCAGGCGAUCCUGGAGAUCACACUAACCUGCACAGUAAGUCUCAAGAUCAAGGUGAGGAAGAAGACCGUGGUGAAGAGACCUCUUGCGGGGAACAACUGAGUAGCAAGGAUGUUGCUCUGAUCAGGAAGAACAACGAUUUGAUCAAGGAAGUUCUCCGUACGGUGCAUGAACUGAAAACAAGCCUGCUGAAUUCAGAAAAGGCAGAAAACAGACCAGAUAAAGCUUCAUUAUCAGGCAGGCAUCAUCACAAGACAAGUCACACUGAGUCCCAGGAGGUGUUAACAAGACAGGGGGAAGGCGUGGAUGCAAAUGAAGGGCACCACAACAAGUUUCAUCACAGUAAAGAACAGAAAGAACCUGAGAACGACAGUGACUGGACCAAAAACAGUGAAAACGCAAAUUUGGAAGAAUCUCAGAAUCAUCACAGUAGUACAAAGGGGCACAAACAUCACAAGAAUGUGAGACAAAGUAAAGAGACAGAACAUCAACAAACAUCAAAGCAAGGUAAAACAUUUGGUGAUGACACGAAGCAUGGAAACCACCAUCACAGGGAGCAUACUAAAGUUGGUGGACAGGAUAGUAAGACAGAGGACACAAACCACAUACAGGGAGGAUGGGAGGACUAUGAAGAGGAGAAGGAUGACAAAAGUGACAAGAAGGAUCAGGAAGCAACUGAUGAUGAUGAUGAUGAAGAUGAGAGUGAUGAGGAUGUUAAAAGUGAUGAUGAUGACAAGACCACAGAGUCUGAGGACUGGUGA